CAAGUCUGCUGCUCAGUGUGGUAAAAACAGAUCUCUUAUUCACCUUUAACGUUAGAUCAUAUGAGUAAUUUUCUCUAACUUACAAGUAGGGAUUACUUUGUAACGUGUCGGAAAUUAUGGAUUUUUCUCAGGUGCGCCACUUGUUUUCGCAAUUUUUUCCGCGAGAAUUAUUACAACUCUGAUUUGUAAACCGGAUGUUAUAAGUGAACAAUCAAAACACAUAGGACUCCAAAGGUAUAUCACUUCAACACGUCUUUAUAUAUAUUACAGGUCACAACGAAAGAAGAAUUACAGGAAUAUUGAUAACGUACAUGCCGUUCUGCCAUUAUUUAAAAUUGGACAAUUAGAUUUAUUUGUGAGAUAAAACUGUGUGAAAUAGAAGUGUAAGACAGCUUGCGCAACAUGUGUAGUUAGUUGUAUCUGUGAACAAAAUACGGUUACUAGCUUGUGGAGAUUUUAACAAAAAAUAUUUUUAACAAUGUAUUCAACCAUUCCAAAACAGUGGAGAAGUGACUUUAACAGUAAUGUCACCAUAGAGGAAGUAAAUGCUACUCUCGUUAAACUCCAUAUUCCAACCAUUGUGCUGAUAUCAAUUUUAAUGUGCCUCGGUGUAUUCGGCAAUAUAUUAGUUUUAAUUAUCUACACAAAUUACAAGGCAUCUACCUACAAGAGUUUUAUUAUUUGGCUUGGAUGGAUGGAUUUACUGGCGUGUUUGGUGGGCAAGCCGGCACUCAUCAUCAGCAUGUUGUACCCGUAUAUAUCGCCGUCAGAGAUCUUCUGUAGAUUGACAAGGUCUCUUCAUGUUUUUGUCAGCGUUAGUGCCGCCUUGAUAUUUUUAGCAAUUUCUUAUGAAAGAUACAAAAAGAUCUGUUUUAUGGAUAUGCACCAACUCAGUUACAAAAGAGUCAACAUUAUAUGUCUUCUGGCAGCCAUAUCAGCAUGUAUAGUAGCCGUUCCCGCACUAUUUGUUUUUGGGGACGCGGAUGUAGACACCGGAGUACAAAAUAUUACUGGUGUAGAAUGUUUUAUUGACCAGAAAUAUAAAACUUCAAUUUUCCCGAAACUGUACUUUCUUUUCCAACUGUUACUCUGCUUAACUUCAUUUUUUUCGAUGUGUGUAUUUUACUUUCGAAUAUGGAGGACAUUACACUGGCAUCGGACAUUCGUUCACGAGCAUACAUUCACAGGAAAGACACACCGGUGUAACGGUGCAGAGCUAAAUGGAGCGACCAAUUCACCAGCAACUCCAAAGAGAUUCCUAAUGGCUAAAUUUCUUUUAAAAGCGAGAAACGACGGAGAAGCAUCAAAAGACGAGACAAGAAGUAAGCAAGAAAGUUUAGAGAGAGGUGCAACAAAUACAGUAACUGCUGUGAGUGUUGAUGCCGGUCAUUCCGAUUUUAAAAAUUCUCAGGAAAGUCUUCAUAAAUCGCAAAGAAACUUACUGUCAGCACAAGCGAACGAUAGAUACAUACAAGCGCAAAAUAGGCAUACAAAAGAAAUAACCAAAAUGUUGUUUAUUGUGACAGUUGUGUUUAUUUUAGCUUUCCUUCCUCACCUUGUACUCAUGAUAAUGAACGCUAUUAGUCCUCAGAGUUUGAGGGAACUGUCACCUGCAGGAGUUGUUGCUUACACGUUUUUUCUGAGAACGUUUGUGAUAAAUAAUAUGGCAAAUCCUAUCGUGUACUUUGUAUGUCUCAGAACAUUUCGUUCUAUGUGCUCUGAUAAAUUCAGCAAAAUAUGCCGAUGUUUAAAGAGCGAUACAAAUGGAACUCAGUAAUUACGAAAAACUAUGCAAUUAUCUACAGGCAUACCGAACAUAAAAUUGCAAGAAUGCAUAACGAGAAACAGUAAUUACAACAACUAUGUACUCUUUUAACAUUAUUUUCCGCCAAAUACUCAGCUUGCGUUCCAAUAAAGAUUUUUAUUUACUUUGAUAGUGUGAGUUUUCGAUUAAUUUUGAUUAUUUUCUUGCUGUUGUUCUUUGAUUGAUUAACAUCACCAAUAGGGAAAACUGAACAUGGAAUGCGAGCUCUAUUCAUUUAGAUACUUACUUACGCUUUUCCACUUUCUAGGCAAAACAUAAAUAACUACCAGUAAUAACUAUGUUUGCGUUAAAUGUACUAGUGCACUAACUCAGCCAUGGGGUAGGCUCCGUCAUGUCACUUUAUGUGUGACUGGGUACGUUGCCAGCGGAUUAUGCAAAUUAUGUAAUUGUGCAAAUAACAUGUGAUAUAAGCUAUAAAGAUGAUAUGGGAUUGCAUUCUAAGACAUUUCCAUUUUACUGAAUAUUUACAAUGAGUACAUCUGAAGCAUGUUAAUACUUAUUGAGGUGUUUAGAACUUUGGCGAAAUUUUAGGUUGCCUGUUUUAUUUGGUAGAUCUUUAGUGAACUCUUAACGCUUUCAACAGGCUAUCUAAUUCUAAUGUUUGGGAAGUACCCUAUUUCUGAAAUUCAGUGAUAUUUAUAUUACAAUAUUUACCUUUAAUUGAUUGAUUUCCUUUAUGCAGUUUAUGCAUGUAUAAUCUUUGCAAAAUCACAUGCCAGGUCAUAAAAUGUACAUGUUUUUACUCUUCUAUAAAUCUUUAUAGAUUGGUCAUGUAUAUGUUGUCUUAAUGUUUUUAUUAUAAUUGUCAGUGUUGUUUUAUACAUGAAUGAGACAUUGAUAAAAUUAUUGAAGUGUUUGGAACUCUGGUGAAAUUUUAGGAUGCCUGUUUUAUUUGGUAGAUUUUUAGCUGAUUCUUAACGUUUUCAACAGGCUAUCUAAUUCUAAUGUUUUGGGAGACACCAUAUUUCUGAAAUUCUAUCAGUGAUAUUAAAUAAUGCUAAAGGAUUUAUUGAUUUCUUCCUUGCAGUUUAUGCAUGUAUAUUGUUUUUCAAAACCACAUGCAAAGUCAUAAAAUGUGCAUGUUCUAGUCUCCUAUAAAUCUUUAUAGAUUGGUCAUGCAUAUGUUGUCUUAAUGUUUUUAUUGUAAAUGUCAAUGUUGGUUUAAUACAUGAAUGAGACUUUCAUCCACUAAUAAACGAAACUAACCUCUCACAGAAAACCUUGUGAAUGUUUACAUAAACGUGUGAGACCCACUUAAACUGAAAACAAUUUCAUAUAUGCGGACAAAAAGCUGACCCCAUAUUCACGGUAUUCAUUUGCAUGAAUAACUGGACAAGUUCGUCAACGAAACAAACAAACAUGGGAUUUUUACUGUUAUAGAGUUGAACUAGUUCGAGUGUGGAAUAAAUUGUAUGUAAGGAAAUGAAACACGAAAAAGUCCUUGAAAAUAUGAAUGAUAAAUUAAAGUAAUUAUAAAUUAAAUUAUUUAUUUAUUUUUAUUUA